UCAGCUAGGAGGAUGAAUGUGCGGCUGUGAAAUGAUAGCUAAACAGUUUUAAAUCCGCUGUGAGCGCGCCUAGAAACAAAAUACAAACAAAAUAAACGUCUAUUUAUCGAGUUUAAACCCGUUAAAACACUUCAAAACUCGUUAAAACUCUUUAAAACGGCUCAAACAACCGCAAAAAGUGGAUUGUAUACAUACACUGAAGCUGCAACGCCUUGUUUUGCAAAGGUAGACUGAAAAAUGGCUACAGGUGAUCUGAAGGGAAGCCUGAAGAAGCUGCAGACCUCCCUCAGAUAUCUCAAAUACCCCAGAGAAGUGGAUUAUAACAGGUUGGCAAAAGGAGACCCAUUCUCCUGUCUGCCCAUCGUGAGCUAUGCCUUCACCUCCUUCUCGUCUGCUGUGGCUGAACACCUGGUGGAGCAGGGCAUCGAGCUGACGGGGAAGAAUGACCUGAGCUUCAUCGAGACUGUUUACAAGGUUCUGCGUGAUUUCUUCAGUUAUAAGCCUCUCCUGACUAAGCAGCAGUUCCUGCAGUCCGGCUUUGCGGAGAGGAAGGCUGGUCUUCUCUGUGAUAUCAUUGGAUUUGUGAUGGAAAAACACAAGAAGCUCACAAAAGGCUCCAAGGUCGUCAGUCCCCCGAAGAGACGGCUGUUGUCCCGCAGCGACUCCAAAACCGCAGAAUCUCCACCUCUCAGAGAGACGUGCCACAGGGUACCAGCUCACACUGCUGUAGUGAGCAGCAGGCCGCUGGUGGAGAGGCACAUGGGCUGCAGCACUCCAACUCAGUUCAGCCUCUCCUCAGACGACUCUCUUAGGAUGAAGGAGGAAGAAGAGAAGGAAGAUCUGAGGAGAAAAGAUUCCUGCGACAGUAGCAGCCCUCGACCUUCUGCUCACACGGCGUGUGUGUCUGAGAGCACGCUGAGGGCGGUGGAGGCGGGUCUGCAGGACUGUGUGAGCAGGCUGGGGCAGCAGCUGACCCUGCUGGACUCCAGGCUGCAGGAUCUGGAGAAGAGCAUGGCGGGGAAGAUCACUAUGGAGCUCAGCGACUGGGAGAACCUGCAGAGCCGUGUGCUGCUGCUGGAGACCAGCCUGGCCCUCACCUCCUCCUCAGCACAGGACUGUCCAGCAGCAGGUGGAGGUGUUGGUCUGUCAGCCAGUGUGGAGAAGAGCAGCUUUACUCAGGAAUCAGUUAUGGAUUUGAGUAAAGCACCUGUCAGUCGUUCCUCAAUGAUGAUGAGAUCGUUAUCAGAGAGUAACAGUUCCUCAUAUACAUCUACAGCACUUCCCCCAUCAACUUCAGAGGAGAACAUUAAAGAGAGGCUGGAGAGAAUAGCCAGCAUGAUGAAGAACACGUCCAGCCUUUUGAAGGAUGUAGAGCCCACAAUAUGAUUGUGUUUAGGAGUGUCAGCUUUAUUCAGCAGGUCUAGAUGAAUGUAAACAGAUGCAGGGCAGCUCAUUAAUUAGCCAGUAGGUGUUGAUACAUUUAUUUACAGGUAUUUAUUUAUACAUUUUUGUAAGUGCUUUUAUACUGUUUUUUUGUACUAAUUUUCUCAAAAAUAAUGCUCAGGUGGACAGUUGAGUUUUUGUACCAAGUAUCAAAAAUGUAAGAAAAAAUGGUCUGUGAGACAGUGCUAAAAGAAUAUCGUAUUUUUCGCACUAUAAGGUGCACUUAAAAUCCUUUAAUUUUCACAAAAAUCACCAGUUCACCUUAUGUAUGAAUUCUAACAGUCAGGUAUUAAGGAGCAGUAAAGCCACUCCGCUGAAGUACAGAGUUAUACAGGAGUUUCAGUUUAGUUCUCCAGCACAAGGCUAGAAUAGCAUUAGCAUUAGCCGCUAACCGCUAUUUUAAUAUUCAGAGCUGAGUAUUAUCAGCCUGUAGCCUGCUCCUAACCAUGGCUAGCACUGCUGGAGCAGCAUUAGCAUUACCCGCUAGCCGUGGUCGCUAUUUCCCCAUUCAGAGGGGUGUAUUAUCGGCCUGGUGGCUGCGCCUUACCCUGGCUAGCACUGCUGGAGCAGCAUUAACAUUACCUGAUAACCAUGCUAGCUCUUUUGCCGUUCAGAGUGGAGUAUUAAUGUCCUGCUCCUAGCCCUGGCUAGCACUGCUUGAGCAGCAUUAGCAUUACCCGCUAACCACACUAGCUCUUUUGCCGUUCAGAGGUGAGUAUUAUCAGCCUGUAGCUGGCUGCUAACCCUGGCUAGCACUGCUGAAGCAGAUUAAGCAUUACCUGCUAACCCUGGCUAGCUCUUUUGCCAUUUAGAGAGGGAGUAUUUUCAGCCUGUAGCCUGCUGUUAACCCCCUCCAGCACUGCUUGAGCAGCAUUAGCAUUACCCGCUAGCCGUGCUCGCUAUUUCCCCAUUCAGAUGGGUGUAUUUUCGGCCUGUAUGCUGCGCCUGACCCUGGCUAGCACUGCUGGAGCAGCAUUAGCAUUACCCACUAACAGUUAGCCACUAAUGCUAAUGCUCCAACCUUGGUGCUGGAGAAAUUCGGGAAUCUAAGCUUACAGUAAAUAAAUGGAAGUGAUUUAUUUACCGAAAUAACCAGUUUUCAGGAGAAAAAUCUGUGUAGAUUAACAUCCAGCGCUCGUUUGACUUUUAAAAGAAAGUCUUUUUUUAUUACAGUUUUGUUUACUUAGCUUAGCUUUACUUAACUUAACCACCGCAACCCAGAGGUGAGACCUGCUGAAUCAAAAGUUCCUUAUUGUGUCUCUUAAAAUGCGCCUUAUAAUCCAGUGCACCUUAUGUAUAAAAAAAUAGACCACAAAAUAGACGUUCAUUGACAGUUCGCCAUAUAAUACAGUGUGCCUUAUAGUGCGAAAAAUACAAUAUGUUGUGCAGCCUUAGCUUGAGUGUUUUGUAUCUGUUUUAAAUGCAUUUAAUGCAAGAUAUUUUUUAUGUGGUUUGGCCUUAGAGCCAUAUAUGCUCCUGAUACUUAAAGCUCCUGAAUCAUGACCAGGAAAACCAUUUAAACAGAAUCUAUGGUAGGUUGUUCUCAUUCCUGGUCCUAGAUAUAAGAUGUAAUACACCUGAGGCUACAAUGUUCAUGUGUCUCUAAAGGCCUUAUUACCUGGCUCAGGUGUGUGAGAUUAGAGGGGGAGGUUAUUGUUAAGAGUGUACUAGUGCAUUUAAAAAAAAUGAAUAUCAUUGAAAAGUUACAUUAUUUCAGUAAUUCAGUUCAAAAUGUGAAACUCAUACAUUAUAUAGAUGUAUAAAACACAGAGUGAUCUAUUUAAGUGUUUAUUUCUUUCAUUGUUGAUGAUGAUGAUGGUUACAGCUAAUAAAUCCCCAAAAUCUGUGUCUCAGAAAAUUUGAAUAUUAUAUAAGACCAAUAGGUACUUUUACCUACUGCAGUGUGGGCAGUGUGUCAAGUCCUGCUGGAAAAUAAAAUCUAUAUAUCUAUAAAAGUUGUCAGCUGAGGGAAGCUGUAAGAUAUGAAGUGCUGUUAAAUUUUGUGGGAAAACAAAACUGCACUGACUUUAGACUUGAUAAUAAAACACAGUGGAUCAACACCAGCAGAUGACAUGUCUCUCCAAACCAUCACUGAUUGGUGGAAACUUCACACUAGACCUGUGUGUCUCUCCACUCUUCCUCCAGACUCUAAACACUUGAUUUCCUUUAAAUGAAAUGUAAAAUUUACUGAUGAUCAGUGAUGGUUUGGAGAGUCAUGCUAAUCAUCUGCUGGUGUUGAUCCACUGUGUUUUAUUAUCAAGUCUAAAGUCAGUGCAGUUUUGUUUCCCCACAAAAUCUUACAGCACUUCAUGCUUCCCUCUGCUACUGACAACUUUUAUGGAGAUGUGGAUUUCAUUUUCCAGCAGGACUUGGCACACUGCCCACACUGCAGAAAGAUCCAAUUGGUCUUAUAUAAUAGUCUAAUGUUCUGAGACACUGAUUUUUGUUUUUUCAUUGGCUGUAAACCAUAAUAAUCAACAAUAAAAGAAAUAAACAUUUGAAAUAGAUCACUCUGUGUAUUUAUUUAUACAUCUAUAUAAUAUGGGUUUCACAUUUUGAACUGAAUUACUGAAAUAAAGUAACUUUUCAUUGAUAUUCACAUUUUUUUAUUUAAGUACAUGUUUUGUGCUGUAGGGGUCACUGUAGUUCUGACCAGAGGUGCCUUUAAAAUGUGCCUUUGCUGCCCUCUGUGGGCUGUGAUGUGUAUAUUUUCAGUGCCAGAAGCUGCAGAAUUUCUCUGCAUUCAGUUUCAGUUUGACAUUAAUCUGCUUUAAACUGAUUCUGAUACAGAUAAUCUGUUUAUGACUCAUCAUUGGAAGAAGCAUUGAAGUAUCAUUCACUUAUAGUGAUCUUAUAGUGUAUCAGUAACUUUGGCAGUAAAUGUAUUUUAGUUGUUUUUAUAUGUGGGAGUGUUGGUCAUGUACACAGAUUGUUCAUUAGAAGGUUUCCAGAUUCUUGGUUUUUAGUUCUAUAUGUUUUUUUAUGUAUUUAUCCAUAAAGAAAAAAGGUAGAAAUGAUGUAUAUAAACAUAACAAACCCAAAAUUUUGUACCUGUUGAUUAUGAACUGUUAAUAAUAAUUAUAUUAUCAAUUUAUUGCAGAAUAAAUAGAUAUGACCUUGCA